AUGACAAAAGGGAAGAAUAGGGCAGCGAAUGUAGUUAAGGCUGCAAACGCGAAAGAAUUUGCUGUAGGCGAAGCGAAGCAGAAAACGCCCCCGGCACCACCAGAAGCUGCUGAGGCAACUGAGGUCACGCCAACACAAGUAGCACCAACUCUAUCAAACUGGGAACGUAAGAAGUCGGCUGAUUCGGGUGUAGGCUCUUCAGUUGGGAGCGUGACAUCUGAGCCGCUGAAGCCACCAGCAAAGAAGUCAAGGUCCAGAAAGGGAAGGUUGAGCUCGGAAAAUUCAACUUCAGAGAAAGUACGACAUGCACUGGAAUCAGAUGUAUCAUCUCCACCAGUAGACACGCGCACCUAUCAUACCUAUCAUAUGUUAUCCCGAGAUAUGAGAACUUUCUUGAAAAACUACCAACCAAUGGUACAUGAACUGAGACCCACUAAGCAGCGGAAGAAAAAGCAAGCCGCAGCGAAGGAUCAAGGUCAUGGUGAAUCAGGAGAAAAUUACUCGGAGGAUGUGCCAAUAGCACACAAACUGUUGGAUCAGCCCCAAAUCAACGUAACGGAGGAACAACUGCGUUUCGUGGAUAUUGGUCCGGAUGAUGUUGACCAUACACUUCACCGUCAGGACGACGAUUCGGACACCAGGCUGGAUUCACAAUUCUUGCGUUUACCCAAACACCACUCCGACCGGCUUGGCGACAGAACUUUGAUCUGGGCCAUCCAUACCAGACUCAGAUUGAUAUCCAGGAGGAGGGUCAACGAGAGCUGA